CGUGUGUCUGACACGUGAUCCCAAUCACAGCGCGCCGCGACGCGCCCUCCUCCCCCUCCUCCUCCCGAGUCCCUGAUCCUUCACCUCGUUCUCGACGUCCACUUUCCUGGCCCGUGCUGAAGCUCUUGCACCUCUGUGGACUCACUGCAACUGACCGCGACUCUGUAGUUCCCGACGGAACCCUCGAUUGCUAAAAUCUAUGCCGAGCCACUCGCCAUGGUCUUCGUGAGCGCGUCCGUCGACGUCUACCUCUUUACCGCCAUCGCGGUCACUCUUCCUGUUCUCUUCUACCUACGCCAGAGAAACAGCGGCUCGCGACCAGAAGCGCCAUACGAACCAUACCUCAUCAUCCUUGUGGCCCUACACACCCUGUACAUCUUGUACACCUUGAUUCUCUGCUGGCCCUUCAACCUCUUCAGCCGACUCCAUAUACCGCUCAAUGCAUCUCCAGACACAAUACGGAGCACGCUCGUGAGACGGGCUGGGCUGGAUGUGGAUGCACCACUUCCGAGGUCUUUGGAGGAGCUCUUGACCCGCCUCUCGGCGUUCGAGAUGCGUACGCUCUAUGUCAGAUUCGGGCAAGCCGUUCUGCAGGAAUGUGAGCACUGCAAGACCUUCAACGACUACGCGCUCUUCGCAUUGCCACGCGCGUUCUUGGAGUACGUGCGCGAAGUGGCUAUCAUUGGGAUGCUCACCAUCCGGGAGACCGGACGAGAGCGCUGGCGGACGUACGUCGUCGGCGCGCUGAUUUGCGCCGCAGUGGCGGAGGCCUACUGGAUCGCUACCGCCGCAAUCGACGUGCCCGAAAACGGUCUGGACGUAUUCAUGUGGCACGACAUGCUUUGGGCCCUCCGGCAGCUCGUCUUCCUCGUGACGCCCCUCCUCACGCACUUCCUCCUCCCCUCCACACCCUCGUACGCCUCCAACCCCACCGCGCCCGCACACGCCGCGCAGCUCGCGCUCGAGCAGGCGUCCAGGCGCCUCGUAACUCUGCGUUACACCCGCGGUGCGGUCAUGCGCGACCCGAGGAUGCGCGCGGCCGCGGGCGAUUGGUGGGAGCGCCAACGAGUGGAGGGCGAGUGGGCGAGGGAGGACGAGACCGUGCGGAGGGUCGCGGAUAGGCUAGGGAAGGGCUUCGACGAGACAGGUGUAGAGGGAGAAGGGAGGAUACGGAAGAUCACAAGGGAGGCGGUGGCGAGUUUCAGGGCAGGGCUUGUCGCAGCGCAAGCAGAGCCGUCUUGAUGUUCAGCGAAUGUACUCACGGGACGGAAGGUGGGCAAUUUACAUGUAUUGGCGUGGUAGAC